AUGCAACACACCACAGACACGGAGGCCGCAACGCCGCACAGUGAUCGUGGCGCGGCUGUGCUCUCGCCACCAGCGCAUGAUGCAGUAGAGGAAGAUGCUCCAAAGGCACCACCGCUUCUGCCUUCAGCUGAUGACAACCCACCGGCGCCGUGCUACGAUGAGGAGCGUGAACCGAGCGUCGCUACGAUGCGUGCGACUGCCACCCAUACGGGUGAGGCGCAGCAGACCGUUGUUGAUGCGACUUUGUCCCGCGACGAGAACACCGAGAGGUCGGCGUUAACGGAACGGCAGGAACAACCAAGUCAGCAAGAGGCGGAGACCGGCCCUGCCGACGUGGAGGAGGAAGAACAAAGAGAAGGGGACGAGGAAAAGGAAGACGAAGAAGAACAAGUGGAAGAAGAAGAAGAGAGAGAGGAGGAAGAGGAAGAAGAUCAGGAAGAGGAAGAAGAUGAGGAGGAGGACGAUUUGAGGGAUGAGGAAGAGACCUACGACGAGGAGAACGAUGAGGAAUUCAACGAGGAGGAGGAGGAGGAGGAUUAUGCGGGCGAUGAGGAGCAGGAGGAGGAAGAGGAGGGCGACUACGAGCCACCGGGCGAUGAGGACCAGAGUGCCGCGUCCAAAAAGGGCACGUUCUUCAUCCGCGGCAGGCGGUACGCGGCAUCUGCCUUCGUGCACAACNUGGGCUUCACGGCGGCGCAGAAGAAACUGCGCGGGAAUCCCAAGGCAACGGUCACCAUGUGCACCCUCCCGCGCCCGCACAAUAUCCUGAAGUGCCCCAAGCUCCACCUGACCAACCGAGCGGUGAUGGUGGGUGACUGCUAUGUGCGCAUCAACAUGCUGGUGAACAAUCCGGCGCGCGUUGCUUUGCUCAGCAAGCCGUCGCAGGCGGCCGGGACUGCAUUCUGUACUGAUGCUGAUGCUGCAGGAAGCGAGGGGCACGACGCCACCACAUGUACGGCGCUGCACCUUCUUCCCGGCAUCGUCUUCGUGGGAAGCCCCGAGCUGAAGGUCGGCUACUUUGAAGCGGAGCUUCAUGACAACAUCGCCCUGCAACGUCUAAAGAGUGGCACCGACACGUGUGGCCGUUGGUGCCGGACUCGGCGUUCUCACGUUGUGGUGAAGUGCUCCUUUGUGCACUACAACCGUGGCAGCACGUACACAGAGGCCCCGCGGCAACCAUCAAUGCCACUGGCUGUCGUGCCUAGUCUGCGGCCUCGACUGCCGCGGCCGGCGGUGAGUGGAGGCCGUGGAGGCCGUGGUCGUGGUGGCCGUGGUGGACGUGGACGUGGGGGCAGAGGCGGCGGAAGAGGCAGGGGCUAUGGCCGUGGUGGUAGUGGCGGUGGCCGCGGCAUCCUGCGGCAUCCCGCGGCGCAGCCGCUGUUUUCUCCAGCAACUGCCGUGGCUAAUGUAGAUGAUGACCUCGGGGGUUCCGUGACUGGCAUGGGCUCUCCCCUGUCAGAGGACACUGUGCAGGCGCGUAAGGAGCAGUUUCUGAAUAUAAUGCUUCUAUUGUUGGGAUUUAUUGUCACAGUACUGGCGUACCUGCUGAGUUGA